AUGGUGUCCCACAUCAGAUCAUUUGCGCCGGCGUUCGAGGAGGUCAAGGUCGCCCAGAUCACCGAGAGCAGGAUCUCCAACGUGGUCGCCAUGCUUCCCGUGUCGCUUCAAUCAGGCCCGAUCCGCUUCCUUCGUCGCAGCAUCAGUCUUCACACCCUCCGCCCAGGCGUCGUAGUCCCCGCUGCGCAGUCAAAGCCUCGACCUCUCUCAGAAGCUGAUGCCGCAGCUCUCAAUGCUGAGCCGCUUGAGACCGGCAUCCUGACGCAGAGAGAUGAGCCUCAGUAUACGGAAGCCGAGGCUGCGCGUCCGCAGCGGAUGAGUCGGGUUCUCUAUUCGGAAACCAAAGACGAUGAGCAGGUUGUUAGAGCCGCGUCUGGCAUUCACUGGAAGUUUGCACGGCAGGGGACGAAUCUCGUCAACAUCUCGAUAGAUGGGGGCAGGCCCGCCGUGACAGAGGAGGACAUCGCCUUUGAGCGCAAGGCCUUUGUUGACGGCGUGACAUAUCUCCUUAAGGCUCUACCGCAGGACCUCGAUGACUGUGAACUGAAACGGGUACAAAGCGCUCUACCACAAGAAGUCAACCCACCGAAUCUAAACCGAGGCCAACUACAAACUAGCUCGAGCCGAGCCGGCCCUAGUCGAAAGCGUUCGAUUCUUCAUCGCGGAGUCCAGAUGACUGUCGUCAACCUGAUCUUCUUCCUCAGCUUCCUGAUGCCAUACUUGCUGUAUCUCAUACGGUGUGCCGCGAGACUGGAGCGGAAAUACAAGAUAUCCGAGGUAGUUGUUGGUCACGGCAUCGACUUUGUCAACUCGAUCGGGAAGCAGAGCGCCUCCUUGACCGAGACGAUAGGCCAGAUGAACGACGGCAAGGUUGGACAAGCUCUUUUGGAGGCGUUCGUGUGGACUGUAGAUGGGGUGACACAGGGCAUCUCUGAUGGUCUUGGCGAGGGUCUCUCAAUCGUGGGAUCCAGGACAGUCCAGGUUGCUUAG